CAGUCACACCCCAACCUCAUUAUACUGUAUGUGCUCUGUACUCACUGACACCUCCACUGCUACACUCUCUGCUCUUAUUGGCUCUCACAGUCAUGUGAUCCUGCACUCUCUGCUCUGAUUGGCUCACAGAGUCAUGUGACCCACACAGCAGAGUCAUGUGGCACAACCACGGCCAGCACUAGGCUUACAGAAUGUAUUUCGGCCAUUUUAAAGAAGCCUGAGACUGUUCCUUUAGUAAUGAGCCCUACACAAAAUGGCUGCCUGUGAGAGGACAAAUGUGUCACAUGACAGGGAAGCUCUAGUGGUCACCUGAUAUGUACUACACUACCCAGCAUGCUUUGUUUCCUCAUCUCAUACCCUGAUAUCACACGGCUGCAAGAGGAGAAAUAUACCUACGGGAGUAAAACUAUAGACAAUAAAACACCAGUUACUGAUCAUCUGAAGAUGGACAAGGAUAAAAAUGUGAUGACAGAAAACAUAUUAAAUAUCACUUUGGAGAUAAUCUACCUGCUGACUGGAGAGGAUUACACAAUAGUGAAGAAGACAUCCGGUGAGUGUGAGACACCUUGCUGCCAUCCCCAUGUGUCAGUUGGACUAAGUGUGGCCCAGAGCCUCAUCACGGUGCCUCCCCCUCACUCACAGAUACAUGAGAAACACAAUGACCAGAGGAUCCUGGAACUCACUAACAAGAUCAUUCAGCUGCUGACUGGAGAGGAGGUGGAGUAUAUAGAGGAACACAGGGGUCUGUACAAGGACGUGAUGAUGGAGAAUCACCGGCCCCUCACAUCACUGGAUGGGCCCAGUAACAGAGAUACCCCAGAGAGAUGUCCCCGUCCUCUGUAUUCCCAGGAUUGUACAGAGGAGAAUCACAGGAUCCCACAGGAGGAUCAGGGUGAAGAACUGACUGAUAUUAAGGUAGAAGAUAUAAAGGGAGAAGAGAUGUAUGUAACUGAUAUUAAGGCAGAAGAUAUGGAGGGAGAAGAAGAGACGUAUGUGACUGAUAUAAAGGCAGAAGAUAUAGAGGGAGAAGAAGAGACGUAUGUGACUGAUAUAAAGGCAGAAGAUAUAGAGGGAGAAGAAGAGAUGUAUGUAACUGAUAUUAAGGCAGAAGAUAUGGAGGGAGAAGAAGAGACGUAUGUGACUAAUAAAAGGACAGAAGAUAUAGAAGGAGAAGAAGAGACAUAUGUGCCUAAAAUGAAGGCAGAAGAUUUAGAGGAAGAAGAAAAAGAGACGUAUGUGACCGAUAUGAAGGCAGAAGAUAUAGAGAGAGAAGAAAAGAGCUAUGUGACUAAUAAUGAGGGAGGAGAGAUGUAUGUGAGAGGUGAUCAGCAGUGUAAGGAUGAGGAGAUCUCUACAGAUAUAAACACAGAUGGACGCAAUACAAGAAAUACCUCUGAGGAACGUCUUGAUUGUAAAUUAGAAGAUAAGAACAUCACACGAGGUUCUCCAGAAGAAAACUGCAUUACCCUAAAUAUACAUCCAGUACCUCACAAUGCAGAUAUAUCAUCUGAUCCCUCUGUUCCUGAGGAAUGUUCUCCUGGUAACUCACAUAUUGCUGCACAUAGUACAGACCAUAGCAGUGAUACAGUCAUUCCCUCUUCUGAGCGAGGAAAAUAUUUUACACAUAAAUCGGCUGCUGUUCGACAUGAGAGAAGUCACACAGGUGAGAGGCUAUUUCCAUGUUCUGUGUGUGAGAAAUGUUUUACACGGAAAUCAAAUCUCGUUAUACAUCAGAGAAUUCACACAGAUGAGAGGCAAUUUUCAUGUCCUGAGUGUGGGAAAUGUUUUGCAAAGAAAUUAUAUAUUGUUGAACAUCAGAGAACUCAUACAGGUGAGAAACCAUUUUCAUGCUCUGAGUGUGGGAGAUGUUUUACACAAAAAUCACAUCUUGUAAGACACAAGAUAAGUCACACAGGUGAGAAACCAUUUCCAUGUUCCGAGUGUGGGAAAUGUUUUAUCCACAGAUCAGCUCUAGCAAUACAUGAGAGGGUCCAUACAGGUGAGAAACCAUUUCCAUGCUCAGAGUGUGGGAAAUGUUUUAACGAGAAAUCACAUCUCAUUAAACAUCAAAGAUGUCACACAGGUGAGAGGCCAUUUCCAUGUUCUGAGUGUGGGAAAUGGUUUUCACAGAAAUCAUCUCUUGUUACACAUCUGAGAAGUCACACGGAGAUACCGUUUCCAUGUUUUGAUGAAAAAAGUUCUGCACCUAAAACCCAACUUGUUAGGGAUGAUAGUCACACAGGUGAAAAACCAUUUCCAUGUUCUGAGUGUGGAAAAAGUUUUACACAAAAAUCACAACUGCUUAUACAUCAGAGAAUACACACGGGGGAGAAACCAUUUCCAUGUUCUGGCUGUGGGAAAUGUUUUACAAACCAAUCAUCUCUUGCUAGACAUGUGAUAAUUCACAACCGUGAGAAGCCAUUUCCAUGUUCUGAGUGUGGGAAAGGUUUUCUACUUAAAUAUCAUCUUGCGGAACAUCUUAGAUGUCACACAGGUGAGAAGCCAUUUUCGUGCUCGGAGUGUGGGAAAUGUUUUACAAAAAAAUCACAUCUUGUUGAACAUCAGAGAAGUCACACAGGUGAGAAACCUUUCCUAUGUUCUGAGUGUGGGAAAUGUUUUGCUUACAAAUCACAUCUUGUUACACAUAAAAGAAAUCACACGGGUGAGAAACCAUUUCCAUGCUCUGAGUGUGGAAAAUGCUUUUCACAGAAAUCAAUUUUUGUUAAACAUGAGAGAAGUCACACGGGUGUGAGACCAUUUUCCUGUUCUGAGUGUGGGAAAUACUUUGCACAGAAAUCAGAUCUUGUUAGACAUGAGAGAAUUCACACAGGUGAGAAACCAUUUCCAUGUCCUUUGUGUGGGAAACGUUUUACGCAAACAUCUGAUCUUAUUAGACAUGAGAGACGUCACAAAGGUGAGAAACCAUUUCCGUGUUCUGAGUGUGAGAAAUCUUUUACGAAAAAAACAUACUUAAAUAGACAUCAGAAAACUCACACAGGUGAGAACCCGUGUAAGAUAUCAGAAAGUCAUAGUUGAAUUUCCUCUAGCUGGUAGGUACAGUAUCAGGGGCCUAAUGGGUCAUACAGUUGAUGAAAUAGUUAGCACUACUUCCUCACAGUACUGAAGUCUUGGGUUCGAUUCCCUCCAUGGCCCUGUGUUCAGUUUGUAUAUCCUUUCCACGCUCAUGUUAGUUUUCUCCAUGUACUUCAGUUUCCUUGCACAAUCCACAAAUCAAUGUUAGGCUAAUUGUCUCCGCCCAAAAAAUGAACCAUAAAAUGUAUGUGUUUGUACAUAUGGUAGGGUAUGUAGAUUGUAAGCUCCACUGGGGCAGGGACUGAUGUACAUGGACACAAUUUAUCUGUAAAUUGCUGCGGGGAAAAAAAAUAAAAUAUAUAUAUAUAUAUAUAUAUAUAUAUAUAUAUAAAACUGGUAAUCUAUACUUACAAUAAAGUUGUAAUGGUUGUGUCUGUACAUACAAUUUUUGUAGAAAAAUGUGCUCCUUGGGACUGUAUAUGACACAGAAAAAAUUGGGGGAAUCUUUUGUUUGUUUUUUUAUCCGGCAUCAUGAAAAAAAUGACUAGAUGAAUUUGGAUUGCGUUUGUCACUAUUGUAUAGCUUAGUGACCUAGAAAGAAACUGAGGUAUGUAUGAUCUCGCUGUGACAUCAGGGGUAGGCGCAAUAAAGGAGAAAUCAGAUGAUUGACACUCAACACGUGCAAACUCCUCGAGCCAAAAGUUACUCUAUGUAUAUAAAUGUCAUUGUUACGGAACAAAUACACAUCUAGGGACUGUUUAUGAACUAUGGAGAUGAAAAUAAAAUGUAUUUGGAUUUGUA